UGAGUGGGGAGAGCUGCGACCAAACGGCGCCUGGACAGGCAUGAUGGGCCAACUGCAGCGAGGGGAGGCGGACCUGGCGCUGGGUCCGUUCGUGCUGACCGAGAAGGAGGCGAGCGUGGCCAACCCGUCACCGGCGUACACCGACGAGGACAUGGUCAUACUGAGCGGCGUCGAGAAGGAGCACAAAUCCAACGUGUACGGCUACAUCCGCGCCUUCGACCUCCAGGUGUGGAUGGUGCUCCUCUGCUUCCUCCUUGUGGCCGCAGGCAUCGCCGUUGCGGCAGAGAUACUGCUUCCGGACACGCGGCUGUCAUUCCGUCAGCGGCGUCAGCGGGUGGCCCGAAUCUUCUGGGUCUACGUGGCGUCCAUGUUCCUGGAGAGCUCGACGUUCCACUUCGCAAGCCACUCGCAGCGGGUGCUGUUUGGAAGCUGGUUCCUGAUGCUCGUCAUCCUCAUGAACACCUUCGUCGGCUACAUGGAGUCGGCGCUCAUGCUCAAGGAAGAGACAGACCGCCUGGACACCAUCGAGCAGCUAGCGCUCAACCCGAAGGUCCGGCCCAUGGUCUUCGAGGCGGCCGGAUUCCUGAAGAUUAUCGAGGAGGCAGAAGGCUACGCGUUCGAGAAAGUGCUGGCCACCAUCAAGGAGUUCAGCGAGGGCCAAGCCGAGGAAGAGGUGCACGGAGAGGAGCUGUUCACUCCCCCGUACCUGCUCAUGGUGCUCCAGAAAGAAGCGGCGAUUCUGAUGGAAAGAAUAUCGCUCUUGGCCAGGGUGUCGCAACACUGCUACGACGUCGAGCUCAGAGGCCAGGGACUGUUUCACCUGGGCAGAGAGCGGAUACUGCAGAUCAAGAUGGUCUUCUACGUCCGCAAGGACUUGGACCAGAAGCUGCAGGACGAAAUUUUCCGCCGAGUCCGCUGGAUAAUGGACACCGGCCUCAACCUGUACUGGCACGAGGACCUGGUGCCCGAUCCGGGACCAUGCUGGACGCGCUUCCAUCCGGACCACCUGCACGACUACCAGCCACUAAACUUCAGGGACUUCGCGGCCAUCUUCUACAUGCUGAUCGUGUCACAGGGCUGCGCCUGGUUCGGCUUCGUCCUGGAAGUGUUGCUCUACAAGUGGUGCUGUCUCAAGACUCGCGACGACUUGAAUCACGACACAUUGAUCAACUAGACAGACGACGCACACCACCUGCCCCA